AUGUCGUCUUUUUCAAGAGUUUUCCUGCGCACCUCGCGCUCUGCCCUGCAGUACCAGCGUGGCGUCAGUCCAGUGCAGAAUGCUUUGGGUGCACAGGGAACCAGCCGAUGGAUGAACGGCGUGCGGAACUAUGCGGCCUUCACCCGAGACAAGCCUCACGUCAACGUUGGCACCAUUGGUCACGUUGAUCACGGAAAGGUGGUAGUCAAGUUGUGCAUGUGGACAUGGACGAGCAUGAGACUGACGGCAGAUACACAGACAACCCUCACAGCCGCCAUCACCAAACGCCAGGCCGAAAAGGGCUACGCAAAGUUCCUCGAAUAUGGCUCCAUUGAUAAAGCGCCUGAAGAGCGCAAGCGCGGUAUCACCAUUGCCACCGCUCACAUCGAGUACUCGACCGACGCCCGCCAUUACGCCCACGUCGACUGCCCUGGUCAUGCUGAUUACAUCAAGAACAUGAUCACAGGUGCCGCCAACAUGGACGGCGCCAUCAUUGUCGUAGCCGCCUCGGAUGGUCAGAUGCCCCAGACCCGUGAGCACUUGCUGCUCGCCCGUCAGGUCGGUGUUCAGAAGAUUGUCGUCUUUGUCAACAAGGUGGACGCCAUUGAGGACAAGGAGAUGUUGGAGCUUGUCGAAAUGGAGAUGCGCGAACUGCUCAGCAGCUACGGCUUCGAGGGUGACGAGACGCCCAUCAUCAUGGGUUCGGCUCUGUGCGCCCUCGAGGGCAGACAGCCCGAGAUUGGCGAGCAAAAGAUUGAUGAGCUGCUCCAGGCUGUCGACACCUGGAUCCCCACGCCCGUCCGUGAAACCGACAAGCCCUUCCUGAUGGCUGUUGAGGAUGUCUUCUCCAUUGCUGGACGUGGUACCGUCGUCUCUGGUCGUGUCGAGCGUGGUAUUCUCAAGAAAGAUGCCGAAGUCGAGCUUGUUGGCAAGGGUACCGCGCCCAUCCGAACCAAGGUCACCGACAUCGAGACGUUCAAGAAGUCUUGCGACGAAUCCCGUGCGGGUGACAACUCUGGUCUCCUUCUCCGUGGUGUCAAGCGCGAUGAUAUCAAGCGUGGCAUGGUCGUCUCUGUUCCUGGACAGGUCAAGGCACACAAGAAGUUCCUCGUCUCCAUGUACGUCUUGAACAAGGAGGAGGGCGGUCGCCACACUGGUUUCGGCGAGAACUACAGGCCACAGAUGUUCAUUCGAACUGCUGAUGAGUCAUGUGCAUUGAACUGGCCCGAAGGCACCGCAGAUGCUCACGACAAGUUGGUCAUGCCCGGUGACAACGUCGAGAUGGUCUGCGAGCUCCACCAGCCUCAUGUCCUGGAGCCUGGCCAGCGCUUCAACAUGCGUGAGGGUGGUCGCACUGUUGCCACUGGUCUCGUAACUCGUGUCUUGGAGUAG